ACCCCAAAAGGAGGUGUUGAUUGUUUAAAAACACACAAGCUGCCUUUAUCUCUAUGGAAGGCCGGCUCAAUGGGAAAGAUCCCAACAGAACAACAUCUCCUUGGCCUUAAAUCAUUAAGCCUUUAUAUGCAACCGGCCUAAAAUUUUUAUUUAUUUAUAUGCAAGCAUAUAAAGCUGGUUCGAGGCUGCAAGUCUUCAUUUAUAUCUUAAAACUGCAUCACCACAAAGAGUGAGGUUGGGAGUAGAGAGUAGAGAAGCAGCCUGGUUUUAGGGUUCAGUUGGCUGCCAUUGCCAAUCUAUUGUUGCUCUUCUUUUAGCAACCAUCACCGCGGCUACCAAUCAGUUGAAUUUGUUGGUUCUCUUCUGUUUUAUUUGCUCUAAUUCAAUCUUCCUAGUUCAACACUCAAAUGCUGAGAUUCGCUAGCUGAGAGGGAAAAUGAACGGCGCAGAUUCAAGCACUCGAUGGAGGAAUCUGAAGCGACACCUCUCGUUCAAGGGUCUAGGUUGCUGUGGGGCCACUUGGACUCACGGAGCCACAGUCACGGAGGAGGAAGAACCCAUCGCCGUACAAGAGGAAGUGAGCGAUCGACCUUUGGCCACUAUCAUCGCCAAUGGACGUGAAAUUCCGGUGGAGAACAGUAACAGCGUAGCGCUGGCGCCUUCAGGGAUGAAUCUCCGGACAGCAUUAGCUGUUGAGCGCAAUUUGCAGAGAGAAAAUGUAGGUCCAUUGAAAAGUGCUGCUGGGCCAGUGAAGACCCUGAUGAGAUUGAUUGAAGAAACAGAAGGCGUAGAUUUGAGGAAGAAGAAGACGAGGGAAAAUGAGUUGAAUGCCUAUGGAGAAGGAGGAGGGAAUGAGAAUGAGAAUGAGAAUGGGAAUGAUUUGGUGUGUUGCGUGUGCAUGGAAAGAAAUAAAGGAGCAGCUUUCAUUCCAUGUGGACACACCUUUUGCAGGGCUUGUUCAAGGGAAAUGUGGGCCAAACGAGGGUCUUGUCCUAUUUGCAACCGUUGGAUUCUCGAAAUCCUUGAUAUUUUUUGAGUUCGUAUCAAAGGCCCAUGAUUUUUGGUUUAUUUUUCUUAUUCGAUCAAGACUUUUCUCUUAUUGGGCUAAUGGCUUUUAAUCUAAUAAUGUAUAAACAGAGACGGAUCCAAUACAUAACAAAGGCCUUGGCCCACCAAAGUAAGUCAUUAUAUAAUUAAUUUUACUACUUAUCCUCCUUUCUUUUU